AGUGGCACUAUGCCCGCAGCUACUGUGGAUCACAGCCAAAGAAUAUGUGAGGUUUGGGCCAACAACCUGGAGGAAGAGCUGAAGAGGAUCCGACAUGUCAUUCGAAAAUACAACUACAUUGCUAUGGACACAGAGUUUCCAGGUGUUGUAGCCAGACCGAUCGGAGAGUUCAGAAGCAACGCUGACUAUCAGUACCAGUUACUGCGCUGCAAUGUGGAUUUGCUCAAGAUUAUACAGCUGGGCCUCACAUUUAUGAACGAACAAGGGGAAUAUCCUCCUGGAACAUCAACAUGGCAGUUCAAUUUUAAGUUUAACCUCACAGAAGAUAUGUAUGCACAAGACUCCAUUGAGCUCCUGACCACUUCAGGCAUCCAGUUCAAGAAGCACGAGGACGAAGGCAUCGAGACACUUUACUUUGCAGAGCUGCUGAUGACUUCAGGAGUGGUGCUCUGCGACGGCGUCAAGUGGCUGUCUUUUCACAGCGGCUAUGACUUUGGAUACCUGAUCAAGAUUCUAUCCAACGCUAACCUGCCUGAGGAGGAGGUGGACUUCUUUGAGAUUCUACGCUUGUACUUCCCCGUCAUUUACGAUGUCAAGUACCUCAUGAAGAGCUGUAAAAACCUGAAGGGCGGGCUGCAGGAAGUGGCUGAGCAGCUGGAGCUGGAGAGGAUUGGACCACAGCAUCAGGCCGGCUCAGACUCUUUACUCACAGGCAUGGCUUUCUUCAAGAUGAGAGAGAUGUUCUUCGAGGACCAUAUCGAUGAUGCAAAGUACUGUGGUCACUUGUACGGGCUGGGCUCGGGCUCGGCCUACGUCCAGAACGGAACAGGAAACGCUUACGAAGAGGAGGCCAACAAGCAGCAGUCGUGACGUCACUCUGAAACUCUAGCAUCCUGCGGUUCUCAUCCACAAUCAGCGCGCCGGCGCCGACGACGACGCCGAGCUCCGACAGCCGGAUGACCAUAAUAAUGGAAGAACAAAAGGAAAAAACAAAAAAAAAAAAAAACAUACAUAUGCAUCGUUUAGCAAGCUGUUUCUCAUAGGCUCUGCUCACCUUAGACGACUGAGUAUGAUGGUGAAAAAUAAUCACAGCUGUCCUCACACGUGCCGCCGCAGCAGCAUGUGUUUAGUCUUUUAUUCCUACGAGGCAGCGAUAGACAGUGUGGUUGGUUCAGCUAAAACUUAACAUGCUUGACGAGACGGGAUUUUAGUUUUCCUAAAGUGUUCUGUAGAAAUGUUUUGCACUUUAAAGCUCUAACCUGAUUUUAUAUGGAAAGCUGAAAAUGUUUCUGGUGUCUCUCUUCCUCUUCGUUGCCUUCUCUACGUUCCCAUUUGACAUUGUGACUCUCAAACCGCCACUCUCACCACGCUCAGCCUUAAUAUCAGCUGCAUUCUUAUCUUUUAAACUUUUAAUUUAUUGUGCUGGUUAUCUGACACUGAGCAGUCGCCCCCCUCCAUUCAACACUAAGACACAAGAAGAGUGACCGCGCCGGGAUUUCCUGAGAACGGGAGCUCUCGUUGAGUGUGUGUGUGUGUUCGUGCACUUGGAUCUUGAGGUUACUUUUCGUUUGUUCCUAUAAAGAUAGUGUUUCUAAUGACCUGAAUAAGUCCCACUGUGAGACGCCUUUAUCCAACUGGUGCACUCGGCUUUUGGAUGAGAUGCAAGUGAACGCUGUUUAUUUUUUCUGUCUGCAUUUCUGACAAUGCUCAGUAUAGCUGCAUAUAAAGACACUACUAGUAUGUACCUAGAUGCAUACGGAUGGGUGUCGUCGGAGGAAUGCUGCCUGUUUGUGCAUGUAAACACCAUCGUUGACACAAGCACACAUGAACAGACACCUCUUUACGUCGACCAACAGAGUCGCCAAACCUCUCGAAGAAAUUCAAAUUAAAUUAAAAUGGAUUAAAAAAAAAACAGCUCAUCAGCUGUCCAACAUGCUGAGGUUCCUCUAAGCUGCUGAGAGUACAUUUUCAUUUUUAAUUAAAACAAAAAAAAAAGAGUUUUAGUGAUGUAAUAAAAGAAGAAGAAACUUUUACUCAUCGGAUUAAAUAACGUUGCUUUUUUAACAUAUUUGAGUUCACGUGUAGUUCUGGCCUUUGAAUGACACUUUUGUGCAAUUUUUUUUCUCCCCUCCUCCUCCUCCUUGUAUUGCUUUCCAGUUCACUCAUGCUGCGUAGAACAGCCGCAUGUACUAAAACAUUUGAAUAAAUGCUGUGUUGUUGAAUAGUAUCCUGAACUUUGCAUAGGUUUGUGUUGAGGUUUAGGUUCUUAUUCCUCUGCAACAGAAAAGCUGAAAACACUAUUUUUUUUCUCUCUCUCUCUCUCUGCAGCACAUCUUUCACACUGUAAAGGAACAAAGGAAGAAUAUAUGCAAUAUAUUAAAAGAGAAGAAAAAAAAGAGGAUAUUUUUUUAGGUUAUUUUGUAAAUAAAGGCUUGAAAGUUUUCUACCAUAAAA